UUGGCCGGUGUCGAGGACGGAAGCGCCGAGGUCCGGAGCGGCUGGAACCCGGCUGGCCGUCGCGAUGCGGGGCGCGAGCCGCGGCGGGGUAGCCGGGGCGCUGCUGGGGCUGCUGCUGGUGCUCUCGGUGCGGAGCGGUGGCGCGUCCAAGGCAAGCGCCGGGCUCGUGACCUGCGGGUCAGUGCUGAAGCUGCUCAACACCCACCACAAAGUGCGGCUGCACUCACACGACAUCAAAUACGGAUCCGGCAGCGGCCAACAGUCGGUAACCGGCGUGGAGGCGUCCGACGAUGCCAACAGUUACUGGCGGAUUCGCGGCGGCUCCGAGGGCGGGUGCCCGCGCGGACUCCCGGUGCGUUGUGGGCAGGCAGUUCGGCUCACGCACGUGCUCACCGGCAAGAACCUGCACACGCACCACUUCCCGUCGCCGCUAUCCAACAACCAGGAGGUGAGUGCUUUUGGGGAAGACGGUGAGGGUGACGACCUGGACCUGUGGACAGUACGAUGUUCUGGGCAACACUGGGAGCGUGAGGCCAGCGUCCGCUUCCAGCACGUGGGCACCUCUGUGUUCCUGUCGGUCACUGGUGAGCAGUAUGGUAACCCCAUUCGUGGGCAGCAUGAGGUGCACGGCAUGUCUAGCGCCAAUGCUCACAACACAUGGAAGGCCAUGGAAGGCAUCUUCAUCAAGCCUGGAGCAGAUCUCUCUACAGGUCAUGAUGAACUCUGAGAGCUGGAUGGGUGAAGGGAGGGAGGGCGGCUGGGUAGGGAUUCUGUAGGGCCACUCUUGUGUGAGACUUUGUUUGUAGGGCCCCCAAGUGCCUUUAUGAUUAAAGAAUGUUGGUUUGUGAUUAUA